UUUUUUCUUUAUUAUGUUAUAGAGACAAGGUCUCACUGUGUUGCCAGGUUGGUCUCAGACUCCUGGCCUCAAGUGAUACUCCUGUCUUCACCUCCCAACAUGCUGGAGUUACAAGCAUGAGCCACUGCACUCAGCGCCCACUUCCAGCUUUUGCCCAUUCUGUGAUUUCAGCUGCAGGUUUGUUACAAAGUGGCCCUUAUUAUUUGGAGGUCUAUUUUUUCGAUGCCUAAUGUGUUGAUUUUUUUUUUUUCAUGAAGGGAUUAUGGGUGUUAUUGAAAGCUUUUUUGCAUGUUUUAUGAUGAUCAUAUGUUUUUUUUUUUCCAUUCUGUUUAUGUGGUGAAACAUUUAUUGAUUUGUGUACUUUGAACCAACCUUGCAUCACAAGAAUAAACCCGACUUGAUUGUGAUGAAGUAAAUUUUUGAUGUGUUGCUGGGUUUCAUUUGCUAAUAUUUUGUUGAGACUUUUGUGUCUACAUUCAUCGGAAAUAUUGGGCUGUAGUUUUCCUUUUUUUUUUUUUUCCGUGAAAGCCACUGACUUUAUUGAUCUAAAAACUUUACAAUGACAGUGACUGUUCUGCCAAAAAAAGGAGCCAAAUGGUUUCAAACUGGCUGAAAGUGAAGGUGGGGGUGAGGGAUAGGCCCAGGAUUCCAUUCAGGAAAGCCAGUAACUGUCAUCAGGGAACUGGCAACAGAAAAAGGAAGAGGGAGGCAUGGAAGAGCGAGAAUCCAAAAAAGUUGAAAUGAUUAGGGGAGGAAACUCCCGCAGACCCUGGAGUAUCUCCGAGGAUGACCUUACAGAACCACAGGAAACUGCACCUUCACAAUGUCCAGAUCUGGACGCAGAGAAUGAAGUUCUUCAGCAGAUAUUAUUCUCUACAAAAGCAUUAGAAAAGAAAUGUCAAACACUAGAGGAGGAGAUGCAGCAGCUGAAACAGACUCAAGCAGCAUCUGAAGAACAGUUAGUGCAAAGGGUGAAUGAUAUUCCUGCAGAGAAAACUCGGCUGGAACUCACAAUCAAAGAUCUGCAAUCUGAACACUCCAGAGUAAAAACUUCGGAAGCUGAAAAUAAAAUCGAAUUGGAAAUGUAUGAGAAACUCUACCAAGAAAAAUUACAAGUUGUAAAAUCCUUGUCAAAUGAACUGAGAAGAACCAUGGAGAUGACAGCAGAGGUCAGUCCCCAGCUUACUGUGGAGAAAGAGAAGACCAGAUAUCCAGCAACUGCUUCUACUGCAAGGCCAGUUCUAGUGUCACCUUCUGUUGGAAAUCUUAGUGAAUGUCUCAACAGAAGACAUAUUGAAGGAAAAAGCAGGUCUUCACAUGAGAGCAUGGAGAGCUUCAUGUCGAGGAUGCAGCAGAAGCUGGAAAAAGAUAUACGUUGAGCAAGAGUAACAGGUAUGUUACCAAGAAAAAAAAACUCACCCUAUCGCCCAGGCUGGAGUGCAAUGGCACAAUCUCAGCUCACUGCAAACUCUGCUGCCUGGGUUCAAGCAAUUCUCUUGCCUCAGCCUCCCAAGUAGCUGGGAUUACAGGUACCUGCCACUAUGCCCGGCCAGUUUUUGUAUUUUUAGUAGAGACAGGGUUUCACCAUCUUGGCCAGGCUGGUCUUGAACUCCUGACUUUGUGAUCCACUGGCCUUGGCGUCCGAAAGUGCUGGGAUUACAGCCAUGAGCCACCACAGCUGGCCAUUACCAAAAUUUAUAAAUUAAAUUUAGAUUAAGUAAUAUAUGUGUGAAAUAAACUGCAAAUGACAUCCCUUUUCAUUCUUUGGUUAAUAGGUACUACAUUAAAUAUUCCCUCUUACACACAUCUAAUGAAAGAUGUGAAAACUCGAACAUGUAUAACGAAGAGCAUACUUAUGCCUCAUGAAUUAUCACCUUCCAUAGCUUGAAAAAAAAGCUCAAGAAGUCAGGCUCUACACUUGACUUUUGCCAUCCCUAUGAGACUGUCAGCCAGCACACAGAAACUGUCCUCAGAAAACAAAGGCCUCAUCAGGUUCUCAGGGUUAUUGUAGUGAUUUUUUUUUUCUUUUUUUAAUUUUACUUUAAGUUCUCGGGUACAUGUGCAUAUCUUGCAGGAUUGUUACAUAGGUAUACACACGCAUGGUGGUUUGCUGCCUCCAUCCCACCCAUCACCUAAUUAGGUAUUUCUCCUAAUGUUAUCGCUCCCCAAUCUCCCCACCUGCCACUAUACUUCCCUGAGUCCCCUGUUCCACAAUGGGCCCUGGUGUGUGAUCUUCACCUCUCUGUGUCCAUGUGUUCUCAUUGUUCAAUUCCCACUUAUGAGUGAACAUUUGGUGUUUGGUUUUCUGCUCUUGUGUCAGUUUGCUGAGAAUGAUGGUUUCAAGAUUCGUCUGUGUCCCUGCAAUGACAUGAACUCAUCAUUUCUUAUGACUGCAUGGUAUUCCAUGGUGUAUAUGUGCCACAUUUUCUUUACUCAGUCUAUCAUUGAUGGGCAUUUGGGUUGGUUCCAAGUCUUUGUUAUUGUAAACAGUGCCACAAUGAACAUACAUGUACAUGUGUCUUUAUAAUAGAAAGAUUUAUAAUCCUUUCGGUAUAUAUCCAGUAAUGGGAUUGCUGGGUCAAAUGGAAUUUCUAUUUUUAGAUCUUGAGGAAUCACCACACUGUCUUCCACAAUGGUUAAACUAUUUACACUCCCACCAACAGUGUAAAAGUGUUCCUAUUUCUCCAUAUCCUCUCCAGCAUGUGUCUCCAGAUUUUUUUAAUGAUCGCCAUUCUAACUGGCAUGAGAUGGUAUCUUAAUGUGGUUUUGAUUUUCAUUUCUCUAAAGACCAGUGAUGAUGAGCAUUUUUUCAUGUGUUUGUUGGCCACAUAAAUGUCUUCUUUUGAAAAGUGUCUGUUCAUAUCUUUUGCCCACUUUUUGAUGGGUUGGUAUUUUUUGUUGUAUAUCUGUUUUAGUUCUUUGUAGAUUCUGGAUAUUAACCCUUCAUCAGAGGGGUAGCUUGCUGAAAUUUUUUCCCAUUUUGUUGAUUGCUGGUUCACUCUAAUGAUUAUUUCUUUUGCUGUGCAGAAACUCUUAAGUUUAAUUAGAUCUCAUUUGUCAGUUUUGGCUUUUGUUGCCAUUGCUUUUGGUGUUUUAGUCAUGACGUCCUUGCCUAUGGCUAUGUCCUGAAUGAUAUUGCCUAGGUUUUCUUCUAGGUUCUUUAUAGUGUUAGUUUUUAAAGAGUUAACAACUAACUCUAGAGAGUUAGUUAGUUUAACUCUUUAAUCCAUCUGGAGUUAAUUGUUGUAUAAGGUGUAAGGAAGGGGUUUAGUUUUAGCCUUCUGCACAUGGCUAGCCAGUUUUCCCAACAUCACUUAUUAAAUAGGGAAUCCUUUCCCCAUUGCUUGUUUUUGUCUGGUUUGUCAAAGAUCAGAUGGUUGUAGAUGUGUGGCAUUACUUCCAAGGCCGCUGUUCUGUUCCCGGUCUAUAUCUUUGUUUUGGUACCAGUACUAUGCUGUUUUGAUUACUGUAGCCUUGUGGUAUAGUUUGAAGUCAGGUAGCAUGAGGCCUCCAGCUUUGUUCUUUUUGCUUAGGAUUGUCUUGCCUAUGCAGGCUCUUUUUUGGUUCCAUAUGAAGUUUAAGGUGAUUUUUUUCCUGUUCUUUGAAGGUCACUAUAGCUUGAUGGGGAUAGCAUUGAAUCUAUAAAUUACUUUGGGCAGUAUGGCCAUUUUCAUGAUAUUGAUUCUUCCUAACCAUGAGCAUAGAAUGUUUCUCCAUCUGUUUGUGUUCUCUCUUAUUUCCUUGAGCAGUGGUUUGUAGUUCUCCUUGAAGAGGUCCUUCACAUCCUUUGUUAGUUGUAUUCCUAGGUAUUUUAUUCUCGUAGCAAUUGUGAAUGGGAGUUUGCUCAUGAUUUGGCUCUCUUUAAGUCUGUUAUUGGUGUAUAGGAAUGCUUGUGAUUUUUCACGUUGAUUUUGUAUCCUGAGACUUUGCUGAAGUUGCUUAUCAGUUUCAGGAGAUUUUGGGCUGAGACGAUGGGGUCUUCUAAAUAUACAGUCAUGUCAUCUGCCAAUAGAGACAAUUUGACUUCCUCGUUUCCUAAUUGAAUACCCUUUAUUUCUCUUUCUUGCCUGAAUGCUCUGGCUAGAACUUCCAAUACUAUGUUGAAUCGGAAUGGUGAGAGAGGGCACCCUUGUGUAGUGCCAGUUUUCAAAGGGGAUGCUUUCAGUUUUUGCCCAUUCAGUAUAAUAUUGGUUAUGGGUUUGUCAUAAAUAGCUUUUAUUAUUUUGAGAUACAUUCCAUCGAUACCUAGUUUAUUAAGAGUUUUUAGCAUAAAGGGCUGUUGAAUUUUAUGGAAGGCCUUCUCUGCAUCUAUUGAGAUAAUCAUGUGGUUUUUGUCUUUGGUUCUGUUUAUGUGAUUCAUUACAUUUAUAGAUUUGUAUAUAUUGAACCAGCCUUGCAUCUCCAGGAUGAAGCCUACUCGAUCAUGAUGGAUAAGCUUUUUGAUGUGCUGUUGCAUUCAGUUUGCCAGUAUUUUAUUGAAGAUUUUUGCAUCGAUGUUCAUCAUGGAUAUUGGCCUGAAAUUUUCUUUUUUAGUUGUGUCUCUGCCAGGUUUUGGUAUGAAGAUGAUGUUGGUCUCAUAAAAUGAGUUAGGGAGGAUUCCCUCUUUUUGUAUUGUUUGGAAUAGUUUCAACAGGAAUGGUACCAGCUCCUCUUCGUACGUGUGGUAGAAUGUAGCUGUGAACCCAUCUGGACCUGGGUGUUUGUGGUUGGUAGGCUAAUAAUUGCUGCCUCAGCAUCAGACCUUGUUAUUAGUCUAUUCAGGAAUUCAACUUCUUCCUGGUUUAGUCUUGGGAGGGUGUAAGUGUCUAGAAAUUUAUCCAAAUCUUCUGGAUUUACUGUUAUGUGCAUAGAGGUGUUUGUAGUAAUCGCUGAUGGUAGUUUGUAUUUCUGUGGAAUCAAUGGUGAUAUCCCCUUUAUCAUUUUUAAUUGCAUCUAUUUGAUUCUCCUCUCUCUUUUUUUUUAAUUAGUUUGACUGGCAUUCUAUCUAUUUUGUUGAUCUUUUCAAAAAAACCAGCUGCUGGAUUUACUGAUUUUUUGAAGGGUUUUUUUGUGUCGCUAUCUCCUUCAGUUCUUCUCUGAACUUAGUUAUUUCUUGUCUUCUGCUAGCUUUUGAAUUUGAUCUUACUCUUCUAGCUCUUUUUUUUUUUGAAACGGAGUUUCACUCUUGUUACACAGGCUGGAGUGCAAUGGCGCGACCUCGGAUCACUGCAACCUCCGCCUCCUGGGUUCUGGCAAUUCUCCUGCCUCAGCCUCCUGAGUAGCUGGGAUUACAGGCAUACGCCACUGUGCCCAGCUAAUUUUUUUUGCAUUUUUAGUAGAGACGGGGUUUCACCAUGUUGACCAGGAUGGUCUUGAUCUCUUGACCUCGUGAUCCACCCGCCUCGGCCUCCCAAAGUGCUGGGAUUACAGGCUUGAGCCACCGCGCCCAGCCCUCCUCUAGCUCUUUUAAUUUUGACAAUAGGGUGUAUAUUUUAGAUCUUUCCCCACUUCUCUUUUUUUUAUGCAUCUCACAGAUGCAUUCAUUCAUGCCAUGAAGUAAACGGUUGAAGUGUACAGUGAUGUUCCACGCUCUGCAUCUAACACAGCUUGCUCAAAUUUCCAGGCAGACUGACAUUUUCUUUCACAUGUACUCCAAGUAAAGCUGGUUAGUGAUGACCAUGAGCAGCAGCUGAAGCUUUUGCAGACUUACUUCUUUUAUCAGCGGCCAGGAUUUUAUAAAUGAUGAAGCCCAUCAGCCCCUUUCCUACCCAAAUCUCCUGGUAAACUUGGGUAUAGUGGGCUUCAUGGGGAGCCACAUAUUUUUCAUAAUUAUUUGGAGCAUCUUGGAACAGGACAGACGGCUCAGGGAGCACCCCAAACCCACAGCCAACUCAGAAAUGCAUUUAUUUACUUAUUUAGUAUAUGGAGUUUUGCUCUUGUUGCCAGGCUGGAGUGCAAUCUUGGCUCACCGCAACCUCUGCCUCCAGGGUUCAAGCGAUUCUCCUGCCUCAGCCUCCCAAGUAGCUGGGAUUAUAGGAAUACACCACCACCCCGGCUAAUUUUGUAUGUUUAGUAGAGAUGGUGUUUCUCUAUGUUGGUCAGGCUGGUCUCAAGCUCCUGACCUCAGGUGACCGGCCGGCCUCGGCCUUCCAAAGUGCUAGGAUUACAGGCAUGAGCUACCGUGCACAGCCAUUGGUAGUGAUUUUUAAGGCCAAUACACCCCAGUCUCAUCUAGUAACCUGAGGCAGUUAUAGUUUGUAAGCAGUCACUUGAGCUGUUAACACUUUAAAUCCCCAGUCAUUUACAGUGUCAUUGGUUUACUUUUGCCCUCAGGAAAAGUUCCAAAUUCCUUUUCAUGGAAUAUACACACCCAUGUUCAUUUGGUUCUUGUCAAGUUCCUCAGGCAUAUCUCUCACCACUUACUGUAUUCUGCCCCUUUGUUCUAGCAUCCAGCCAAACUGGACUGCACAGAACUCCCCAGUGCUCUUCCUUUACCUCCCGCUGUUUGCGCUUGCUUCUUGGCUCUAUCUGCCAAUCUUUUUUUCAUGUCCUUCAGGCGCUCACUAACCAUGCCUCCAACCAAAAAGCCUACAAUAUCGAGAUAAAACUGGGAUAGGUGUCCCUCCUAUGUUCUAAUAGUGCCCUGUUUUAUACGUGUCAGGGUGUCAAUGGCUUGGCAUGGAAACUGCCUAUUUGUCUACUUUUUCAGGUUAUAGCAUACGAUUGCUCAGGGCUGGGCUGUAUCAUCUUGAUCUUGUAACUCCAGGGCUUGUCAUAGUCUAGUACCUUAGCACAUGGUUGCUGAAUAAAUGAGUGAAGAAUGAGAAAACCGGAAACUGUGAUACUCAACCUCAAUGAUCAUUAAUUCAGUGGGCAACUAUUGGCAAAUUAUUAUCUAAUAAUAACUUAGCAUUGUAGUCAUAUAUAUGUUUUAUUUUUAUUAACACUGAAAAAGUUCUCAACUCUUUUUUUACUGACUUAACAGUUAGCUACCUAUGAAAUAUAUAGAAUGUAAUUCUUUGGCCAGGAAUGUUGGCUCACACCUGCAGUCACAGCACUUUGGGAGGCUGAGGCGGGCAGAUCACUGGUGCCCAGAAGUUUGAGAGCAACCUGGGCAACAUGACAAAACCCUGACUGUACAUAAAAUACAAAAACUUGCAAGGUGCUGUGGCAUAUGCCUGUAGUUCCAAGUACUUGGGGUUGAGGUAAGAAAAUUCCUUAAGCCUGGGAGGAAGAGACUGCAGUGACCUGUGAUCACACCAGGGCACUCCAGCACAGGUGAAAGAGCAAGACCUUGUCUUAAAAUAAAUAAUAAUAAUAAUAUAGUUCUUGCUUUUUCUUUUCAGCUGCUAUUGAAUUAGAAUCUGAAUUUGCACAUGUCACAAAUGCGAAGAUAGGAUUAGUUGAGGCAGCAGUAGAAGAAUACGCACAGGUUUUAUGCAGAAAAUACAGGAUCUGAAAGAUAAGGCAAUUUUAUUUCUGGGCUGUUCACAUAUUUUGUUUCCUUUUUUUUUAACUUAAUUUUUUUUGUGGCAAAUAUGCAUAAUAUAAGAUUUACCAUCUUAACCAUUUUAAGUAUAUGGUUCAGCAACAUUGGGUACAUUCACGUUGUUUUUGUUUUUAAUUGCAUUUUAGGUUUUGGGGUACAUGUAAAGAACAUGCAAGAUAGUUGCAUAAGUCCACACGUGGCAGUGUGAUUUGCUGCCUUCCUCCCAUUCACCUAUAGCUGGCAUUUCUCCCCAUACUAUCUCUCCCCAACUCCCCACCCCGCACUGUCCCUCCCCUAUUCCCCACAACAGACCCCAGUGUGUAGUGCUUUCCUCCCUGUGUCCAUGUGUUCUCGUUGUUCAGCACCCACCUAUGAGUGAGAACAUGCUGUAUUUCAUUCUGUGUUCUUGUGUCAGUUUGCUGACAAUGAUGGUCUCCAGGUUCAUCCAUGUCCCUACAAAGGACACGAACUCAUCAUUUUGAUGGCUGCAUAAUAUUCCAUGGUGUAUAUGUGCCCAAUACUCUUGACUCCUCUCCUUGUCCACUUUCUUAAGACACUUAUUCAAUGACAAAUUGUGUCUCACUGAGUUUUUCCACCCAUUCUUUUUUACAUGUUUGGUGGAAUUCAGCAGUGAAUUUGUCAGGUCCUGGGCUUUCCACCCAGUAGGUGCAUUUGCAAAACAUGGAAAAUGGUCCAAGAUCCAGUUGUAGAUAUCCUUCACUGGCAGGCGCUUGGUUGGAGAGUCCUUGAUGGCCAUAAAUUUGAGGCAGCUGAAAGAGUAGGGGGGUUUGCAGUUUGGGUUCUGCCUGGCAUUGUAGGGCAUGUCAGAGUGGGCAGGGGACACAGGGCUGUCAUCAUCCAGGUCCUGGACGGGGUUGACACUCCUGAGGACCGACUCCCCAAAGCCCUUCAACAAGUUCUUGCUCUUGUGCUGCCAGUUCAGGUUGGUCAGCUCUUCAUCUUCCAUGGUCCCCUCUUCUAAUCGGGUGUCAGGCAGAGGAAAGUCGAGGGCAUCGUCUUCUUGAAGGGCCUUGGAGAAACCGCUGCCCCAGUAACACUGACUCAGUCGACUGGAGACACUAAUUCCUGAGCUUUCUGACUUCUUACUGGGAGGCAGGACUGGACCCAUUUACGUGAAGGCUCCCGGCCGGAGUGGGGCGCAGGGGCGUGGGGGGCUCCGCUGCCCUUCAGCGGGAGCCGAAAAACUUUCGCAGGCGCACGGGCGGCAGGGACACGGGGGUCGCGGCACGCCAUGGGACUUGUGGUGUCCGCCGGGGGCGCCGCGUGUCCUCCCGCUGCCCCGCCCCCCCCACUCCCCCCCCCAGUCUCACCUCCACUGCGGCGUGUAGGGCUGUGGCGCGCCGAGUGGCAAGAAAUUGUUUCCCCAUUUGACUUCUUUCUUUCCUCUUUGGAUGCUGCUUAUUAUUUUCUUGAUUUUUAAAUAUUAUUUCGGUCUCUCUAUUAAAUUUAUCUGAUAGAAUUUUGAAUUAUUUCUCUGUGUUAUCUUGAGUUUCUUUAACACAGCUAUUUUGAAUACUGUGUCUGAAAGGUCACAUAUCUCUGUUUCUCCAGAAUGAGUCUCUGGUGCCUUAUUUAGUUCAUUUGGUGAGGUCAUGUUUUCCUGCAUGGUUUCUUACUUGUAGGUGUUCAUCUGUGUCUGCACAUUGAGUUCAGAAUUUAUCGUAAUCUUUACUAUCUGGGCUUAUUUGUAGCCAUCCUUCUUGGGAAGACUCUUUAUAUGUUUAUAUGUCUUGGGUGUCACAAUCUUUACAAGGCACCCCAAGCCCAGUAAUGUUGUGGAUUCAUGUAGACUCAUAGUGGUACCACCUUGAUCGUCUUGGGAAAGAUCCAGAAUAAUUCUCUUUAUUGCCAAGCAGAGACUCUUGUACUCUUCCCUUACUUUUUUCCAAACAUACAGAGUCAUGGUCUCUGUUCCGAGCCACCUAAAGCCUGGGGGUAAAGUGACACAAGCACCCCUGUGGCCACCACCACUUUCACUGCAUUGGGUCAGACCUGAAGCCAGCUCGGUGCUGGGUCUUGCCCAAGGCCUGCCUUAACUAUUUGGCUACUGUAUAUGUUUGCUCAGGGCCCUGGGGCUCUACAACAAGCAGGUAGCAAAGCCAUCUAGGCCUGUAUCCUUCCCUUCCAGGUGGCAUAUUCUCCCAGACCCUGGGUAGGUCCAGAAGUGCUGUCUGGGGGUCAGGGACUGGAGUCAAAACAGUUAGAGCUCUACCUGCUUUCUGUUAUACUGUGGCUGAGCUAGCCCUCAAACUGCAAGUCACAGUCCUUCCUGCCCUUCCUCCCUUUCCAAAGGCAGGGGAGCCUCAUCUGUAGCCACCACCAGCCACAAGGAGUAACUGCCAGACACUGAUAUUUCCUUAAGGUCCAUGGUCUCUUAAGUUAGCUUGUGGUGAAUGCUGCCUGGCCUGGGAUUCAUACUUCAGAGCAGUGGGCUCCCCUGGCCCAGGGCAGGUCCAGAAAUGCCAUCCAAGGGUCAAGUCCUGAAGCUCGCUUGGUGCUCCAACCCCUUGAGGCAGUUUUGUUACCUGGGUUUUGGUUCUUACAAAGAUGGGUUUUUUCCUGCAUAGAUAGUUGUUAAGUUGGUGUCCUUGCUCUUAGGGGUUACCACCAGUGAAGCUUUCUCUUCCUCCAUCUUUGUCCACUUCCUAAUUGAGUAUUCCUUUUAACGUACAGAAUACUUUGAAAUUCUCAUAGGGAUAAACCUAUUAGUCUUCCCUUUAAACUUCUGCCUUUGGGGUCUUAUUUAGGUUUCUCCUACCCAUAUCAUAUAAAUAUUUGCAAUAUGUUUUCUUAUUCCAUUUUUAGACUUAUUUGUUUGUAGAAUAACAAAAGUAAUAAUCAUAAAAAUACUGAAGUGACAUAUAAAUAUCUGUAUUGGAUAUGUGUUUUUUAAAUUAUACCAAUGAGAUGGGGCAAUUUUGUGUUAUAUUAUAACACACAUCUUGGCCGUUAGACAGAUGAAGCACCUUUGCAUUGGUGAAUACAUGAUUUGUGCUUUUUCUUUUGUACAGUUCCUAUUUAUAUUCUUGCCCAUUUUCCCACUAUGUUUUACAAGUUCUUAGUAAUUUGAAUGAACUACAUAUAUUCUAAAUAUUAUUUUUAAUACAUACAUUGCAAAUACUUCCAGUGUGUCACUUGCCUUUUAACAUUAUUUAUCAAUAUUUUGUUUAAAGGGAGGUUUUACUUUUUAGGUAGCAAAAUUAGUUCAUUUUUAAACUUCAGGAUAUUUGUAUUUCAUGUCAUAAGUAAAAGGCAUUGCUUACUGCAAGGAUAUAAAGAAUUACUUUCUUGUAGUAAUGAUUUUAUAUCAAAGUCUUUAUGUUAGUUGAAGCUUAUUACUGGUUUUCUCAAAUUCCACAUACCUAACUUUCUCAUAGCAAUUCCAUUCUCUACUGAUUUCAAAUGCUCCGUUUGUUAUCUUUGAAAUUCUUACGUAUAAGUCAUGUCUGACUGUCCCACUACUGCCAUGAAUGUGUUUUGUAUCAGCACAGUACUCUAGGAUUUAUCCUCUGAUAACCAGUAGAAGCAGGCCUCCACUCCCUGUCAUUCUCUUUAUUUUCUUUUGGCCAAAGCUAGCUAUUCUCACAUGGGCUUAUUUUUUAUAUAAACUUUGAAACAUUUUAUCAAAUCACACACAAAUUGCCAUCUGAUUAAAAUUUCAGUCUUUUUAGAUACAGACUUUGGGACAAAGGUCAUCUGUAUCUUUUAAGUUUUCUAAUUCAGGUUUUAGGUUUAGGUUUAGACUGAUGAAAGUUUUCUAGACUACUUCAAGUGUAUCUUCUACGUUUCUUGCUUCAUUUUUGUGACUUCAGUAGCUAAUUUUUCCCAUUGUGAUUAUCUAGUUUUCUUUUUUCUAUUUGUUUAUAGCAUAUAUCAAAGAAAGACAUUAACUUUUUUCAGUAGUUACCUUGUAUCCAGUCAUGAUGAUGUUAGCCUCCGUAUAUGAGUUUUUAAAUGUUUUCUCUUUUUUUUUGCUCUUAAAUUUUUAAGUCACAUAUGAUUUCUUUUUUGAAGUCUGGUAGAACACAGGCAUAAAAUGAAAUGACCUUGGUGUUCUUCUCUGGGCUCUGUCUUAAAUUGGAUAAAAGUUUUCACAACAUUUUUGAGUUAAUUAAAUUUGGAGGUUGCCAAAACAAGCCUCAUUAUUUUCUUAUAAGUCAGAGUUAUUCUUGGAAAUGCUGUGAUAGUAUAGGCAUGAAAUACAUAGGAGCAAUUUUAUUAUUGCAUAUUUAGGGCCAGGUAAAGCAAAGACAACAUCAAGAAUAGUAAUUCGAUGAAGCAAGACAUGAAUGUAAGUCACAGUUCCAUAAAGAAAAUACAAUUAUUCUGAACAAUAUUUUUUAAAUUGCAUUAUAGGUUUUGGGGUACAUGUGCAGAACAUGCAAGAUAGUUGCAUAGGUACACACAUGGCAGUGUGUUUUGCUGCCAUUCUCCCCUUCACCCACAUUUGGCAUUUCUCCCCAGGCUGUCCCUCCCAAGCUGCCCCCCCACCGCUGUCCCUCCGCUAUUCCCCCCAAUAGACCCCAGUGUGUAGUACUCCCUUCCCUGUGUCCACGUGUUCUCAUUUUUCAUCACCCGCCUAUGAGUGAGAAUAUGCGGUAUUUCAUUUUCUGUUCUUGUGUCAGUUUGCUGAGAAUGAUGUUCUCCGGAUUCAUCCAUGUCCCUACAAAGGACACGAACUCAUCAUUUCUGAUUGCUGCAUAAUAUUCCAUGGUGUAUAUGUGCCACAUUUUCCCAGUCCAGUCUAUCAUCGAUGGGCAUUUGGGUUGGUUCCAGGUCUUUGCUAUUGUAAACAGUACUGCAGUGAACAUUCAUGUGCAUGUGUCCUUAUAGUAGAACGAUUUAUAGUCCUUUGGAUAUAUACCCAGUAAUGGGAUUGCUGGGUCAAAUGGAAUUUCUAUUUCUAAGGCCUUGAGGAAUCACCACACUGUCUUCCACAAUGGUUGAACUAAUUUACGCUCCUUCCAACAGUGUAAAAGUGUUCCUAUUUCUCCACAUCCUCUCCAGCAUCUGUUGUCUCCAGAUUUUUUAAUGAUCGCCAUUCUAACUGGCAUGAGAUGGUAUCUCAAUGUGUUUUUGAUUUGCAUCUCUCUGAUGACCAGUAAUGAUGAGCAUUUUUUCAUAUGUUUGUUGGCCUCAUGUAUGUCUUCUUUUGUAAAGUGUCUGUUCAUAUCCUUUGCCCAUUUUUGAAUGGGCUUGUUUGGUUUUUUCUUGUAAAUCUGUUUGAGUUCUUUGUAAAUUCUGGAUAUUGGCCCUUUGUCAGAUGGGUAAACUGCAAAAAUUUUUUCCCAUUCUGUUGGUUGCCGAUUCACUCUAGUGACUGUUUCUUUUGCCGUGCAGAAGCUGUGGAGUUUGAUUAGGUCCCAUUUGUCUAUUUUGGCUUUCGUUGCCAUUGCUUUCGGUGUUUUGUUCAUGAAGCCCUUGCCUACUCCUAUGUCCUGAAUGGUUUUGCCUAUAUUUUAUUCUAGGGUUUUUAUGGUGCCAGGUCUUAUGUUUAAGUCCUUAAUCCAUUUGGAGUUAAUUUUAGUGUAAGGUGUCAGGAAGGGGUCCAGUUUCUGCUUUCUGCACAUGGCUAGCCAGUUUUCCCAACACCAUUUAUUAAACAGGGAAUCCUUUCCCCAUUGCUUGUUUUUGUCAGGUUUAUCAAAGAUUGUAUGGUAGUAGAUAUGUUGUGUUGCCUCCGGUGCCUCUGUUCUGUUCCAUUGGUCUAUAUCUCUGUUUUGGUACCAGUACCAUGCUGUUUUGAUUACUGUAGCCUUGUAGUAUAGUUUGAAGUCCAGUAGUGUGACGCCUCCUGCUGUGUUCUUUUUGCUUAGAAUUGACUUGGCUAUGCGGGCUCUCUUUUGGUUCCAUAUGAAGUUCAUGGUGGUUUUUUCCAGUUCUGUGAAGAAAGUUAAUGGUAGCUUGAUGGAGAUAGCAUUGAUUCUGUAAAUUACUUUGGGCAGUAUAGCCAUUUUAAUGAUAUUGAUUCUUUCUAACCAUGAACAUGGAAUGUUUCUCCAUCUGUUUGUGUCCUCUCUUAUUUCGUUGAGCAGUGGUUUGUAGUUUUCCUUGAAGAGGUCCCUUAUGCUGAACAAUAUUUUUAAAUAAUCAGCAGCCAUGAUCUUUAAAUACUCACCUUAGAAUAUUGUUUAAAAAUUCAAAAACUAUCAAGAGUUUAACAGAAAUACAGAGUUCCCACACGAUUUUGUUGUUAAAAGGGAAUCUCUCUUAUCUGAACACAGAAUAAUUUUGUCAUAAUAUAACACACUGGGGUCUAUUGCAGGGAAUAGGGGAGGGACAGCGGGGGGUGGGGAGCUGGGGAGGGAUAGCAUGGGGAGAAAUGCCAGAUGUGGGUGAAGGGGAGGAAGACAGCAAAUCACACUGCCACGUGUGUACCUAUGCAACUAUCUUGCAUGUUCUGCACAUGUACCCCAAAACCUAAAAUGCAAUAAAAAAAAUUUCAAAAUAUAACUUUACUCUUUGUAUAUAAUUUAUAUAAAAACUUUUAUUGCAUUUAUGGGCUUUUUAAAAAGUGAAUAAAUUCAUUAAUAUUCUUAUUUAGCAUAUACAGACUUUUAAAAUUAAUGGCAGUAUAUUUUUAUAUGUUUAGACAUCCAUAAGUUGAAAAUUAGGUAAAUGCAUAAUAAAAUUAAAACCUUAAUUUUGAGGUAUAGUUAAUCAUACCUGAAUUUAAAGUAUGUACGUUACAUGGACUAUUUUAUGUUAAGUUACCAUUUUUGUGAAUUAACUUCCCUUACCAUUAUCUUUGCCAGUAUACAUAUUCAUCUUUUCUAAUUACUAUACUAACUGUAGUCUUUUUAUUUAUAAUUGCUUAUUUUUUAAUGUGGACCUCAGAUUGACUUAUGCCAACUGUAGUCUUUUUAUUAAUUACUGGCUUUAAUGAAAAUUAUAAACUGUUUUCUUCUGACACAGAGAAAACUAGAAAGAAGGCAGGAAUCCAAAAACUGCCUAAUUUUUUAAGUACAUAUUUUAGAUUAUCUUUAUAAAUGUUAAAGUAAUAAAAUAAAUGCCUAUAUAAAAUCCAAUGCAUUUGGAUAUUCUCUUGAUCUGUAAAUCAUUUGAUAAUAUAUAAGGUUAACAGUAGAUUGGAUCGUGUUUAUGACUAAAGUUUAAUAUUUGUGGUGACUUUUAUGUAUGUUUUAAAAUAUGUUAACCCUUAUUUGAAUAUUUUUUUUCUUUAAGAGGUGGAGCUUAAAUCUUCUCUAGAUUUAGGGGCACAUUUCUAAUGAAUAGAAAAAAGUGGAUGUGACAGUUUGUGAGUUAGGAGAUGAGGUAAGGAAAGGUACCACACUUUUCUCCUUCCACCUCCUGUGGAAUAAGCUGCUCUAGGAAAAGCCAACUGCUAUGUGGUGAGGACUUUGAAGCAGCUUUGCGGGGACAUCCACAUAGCAAGGAACUGAGAGGCUUUUAGCUAAUGACCAUGUGACUGGGUCAUCUUAGAAGUGGACCCUUCAGCCCAAGUCAAACUGUCAGAUGACUGCAGUCCUCUCUGGCUGACAUCUUGACUGCAACCUAAAUGGCUUUAUGAAAAAUCCAGAAAUCAUCAGCACCCCAGGCAAGUGCAAAACCAAAAACAGCUGCCUUGGAAUGGGUAAGAAAAGCUGUUGAAUUUCAGCUCUUUCUCCAAGUGGGCACUGUUUCGUGUAACCAGGAGAAAAUGUUCAACUCUUGGCUUCUCCCUUGGGAGUAGAAAGAAGAGGGAGCAGAAGUUUGACAAUCUGGCUUUUCAGGGUUCUACCUGAGUGCCUGAUUUCUGUCUUGCAUGACUUGGAGUGCUAAAGGAGAAUCCACCUACUUUGAAUAAGUGGAGGCCACUGAGAAUAAAGGAGAACUCAGCAGCCUGUAGCAGCACCAGAAAACCCGCAGGACUGCAUACAGACACCAGAAAGAGCAAGAGAUUAUGAGCUGCUGAAAAAGAAACAAGCAAACAUCACUGAUUGGAAAAAUAUGUGCACACGUCCAGAGAAGAUGCAUCCCAAGGAAGUUUAGAGAAGCUUCUGAAA